AUGUCUUCGCCCAGUGCAAAGGAUUACGCACUUAAUGAGAAAGGGCCGAUCACUGGCGACAACUCCAGCUCUCAGCACGAUGUAGAGCAAGGCGCCAUCCGGCCGGCCGAUCGCAAGCUCAGUCUCACUGGCCGCAAGAGCUCCGUUGCCGAGUCCAUCAUUGCGGCAGAUCUACUGGACGACAGAUAUGCAAUCACCCAGCGUGGCCUCAAGAGCAGACAUGCUCAAAUGAUCGCCCUCGGUGGUACGAUCGGUACAGGUCUAUUCGUUGGGUCAGGCCAGACCCUUGCUCUCGGUGGCCCGGCUUUCAUCCUCGCAGCAUAUAUCAUCAUGACAUGCCUCAUGUUCUGCGUAGUGACCGCAGUGAUUGAGGUGGCGACAUAUCUACCCGUCCAUGGAGGCACCAUGUCGUACUAUGGCUACCGCUACGUCUCAAGGUCCAUGGGAUUCUCAUUGGGAUAUCUAUACUGGUACGCCCUAGGAAUUCUUGUUCCAUAUGAGAUUACUGCUGCUGGCUUGGUUAUCAACUACUGGCCUAACGAGGUCAACAUCGCUGUUUGGAUCACGGUCAUGAUCGUCGUCAUUGUCGCUCUGAACUUCAUGCCAGUCAGGUACUACGGCGAAACAGAGUUCUGGUUCGCAGGAACCAAGGUCAUCAUGAUGAUUGGCUUGAUCAUCCUCAGCUUCAUCCUUUUCUGGGGCGGUGGCCCAUCCCAUGAUCGGCUCGGGUUCAGGUACUGGAAUGAACCGGGCGCGGCGCAUGCUGCUAUCAGGCCAGGCAACGUCGGACGCUUCAUUUCCUUUUGGCAGACACUGGUCCUCUCCGUGUUCCCAUUCACGUUCGCGGUCGAACUUCUUGUGGUCACUGGUGGCGAGAUGGAAUCUCCACGACGCAACUUGCCAAUCGCCGGCAGGCGGUACUUCUACCGCUUGGUCAUUUUCUACGUCCUGUCCGUGCUCGCCAUUGGCGUGACUUGCCCCUCGGAUGACGCUCGAUUGACCAACGGCGGACAUGGCGCGGCUGCCUCUCCAUUCGUCGUUGCCAUCGCCAAUGCUGGUAUCAGCACGCUACCCAGCAUUGUCAACGCUGUUAUCCUGCUGUCCGCUUGGUCUUCGGGCAACUCUUUCCUCUACAUCUCGAGCCGUGCACUCUACUCUCUUGCCGUGCAGGGUUCUGCACCUCGGAUUUUCAAGAGCUGUAACAGAUGGGGUGUGCCUUAUAUGGCGGUCGGCUGCAGUUCGCUAUUCUGCGGCUUGGCGUAUCUCAACGUUGCUUCCAGCGGAGCUACAGUCUUCAACUGGUUCGUCAAUCUGACAAACACAUGGGGCAUGACAUCCUGGGUCUGUUGCUGUAUCAUCUACCUCAGGUUCCGCAAAGCUGCCACGGCACAAGGCAUCGAAGUCCCUUACCGAAGCUGGAUACAACCCUACGGUGCAUACAUUGCCAUGUUCAUGUUCACGCUCCUCUGUUUGAUCAAUGGAUUCACGGUGUUCUUCCCUGAGAACUGGUCGGCGAGUUCCUUCCUGACCGCUUACAUCGGCAUCCCGAUCUUCUUCCUCAUGUAUUUCGGCCACCGUAUCGUCUACUGGCGCGACAAGUGGGCUUGGGAUCCCAUGGAGGUGGAUUUCCGGACGGGUCUACAGGAAAUCCUUGAUGCUGAUCGGCCGCUGAAGAAGCGCAAGGGGCUGGGCAGAGUCUGUAUGAUUAUCGAGUAG